AAGAGAAGAAGAAGAAGGAGUGCACCGAUCAAUGGUGUUGCGCGGCGAGAUGACGACGACGACGAGACCUGAGCGAUCGAAGACUCUCCACAAUUUCACGCUCCCGAACUUGAAGUGGGGGAGUCAGCGACAUCUCAAGUGCAUGAAGAUCGACUCUUUGAGCAGCGGGAGCGGAAGCGGCGGCGGUUCCGGCGAUCACCGACUACGACGCCGAUCUCCGCCUCUGAAAUUCGCUGCUUCCUCUGUUUCGAUCCCGUUUCGAUUCGGCGCUGAAAACCGGAGCAGCAGCAUCGACCAACAUCACGGGUCGUUCAAAUCGGUGGAAAACGGCGGCGAGGAAGAAGGGAUCGAGGAGUUCAGGGUGAAGAUUAUGUCGGAUCUGAAGACGGUGAGGGAUAAGAUCACACAAUCGAUGCUCAGGAAAGAGGCUGUUGAGGAGCAAGACGAAGAACGGAAAACCGACGAGUCCGGCCAAGAGAAGGAAAAAGAGGGGGAGAUUUCUCCGGUGAAGCCAUGGAAUCUGAGGAAAAGGAGAGCAGCGUGCAAGGAACCGGUUUCCAACAGUUUGAAUCAAAUCAAAAACGGGUUUGUUGCAAUUGAGGACAAGGCAGUGAACCAAUCGCCGUCGAGAAACGAUUCGGCGAGGGCUAAGGAGAGAGGCGGAGUGGUCGAAGCCGAGACGGCGAAGGAGGUGGUACGGCCCAAAUUCUCCGGGAAGCUGUCGAAGAAGGAAAUCGAAGAGGAUUUCAUGGCGGUUCUAGGUCACCGACCACCGCGCCGGCCGAAGAAGCGGCCAAGGACCGUUCAGAAGAAACUCCAUAACUUGUUUCCUGGGUUUUAUCUGACUGAAGUGACGCUUGACGCAUAUAAGGUCCCAGAGGAGACGAAGUUGCCGUUGAAGUUUCAAAGAAUUGUCAAUAUU